GCAGUGUUUAGAAAACCAUUCUCUGUUUCCGGCUCGUGUUGCACUGGAAACCAUUCAUGUUUCUGCAGACCCCCCGAUGACGUAAGACUCCGAUGAUGUGUGAUUUCAUUACCUGAGUUGCGAGAUAACACCGGCAGAUUUAUUAUGGCGGCGUCCUCUUCGUGCGCCCAGCGUGCUGCGUCCGCGGCUCUGAUUGGCUCGUUGUGCCCGAGCGGCUCCACAGCGCCGCGCCGCUCCGGGAUCCUCUGGCGCAGAGAGAAAGCGCAGCUUGGCCGCCAGCGAGCACCGAGCCGGGCUGGGACGUUUGUGGUGUGAUCGGAUGCGGGCGGCCGGCUGCAGCGAUACGGGCGGACUGGCUCUUGAAAAGCGGCGGUCGACGUGGCCCCUGCUCACUGGUGCGUGUGCGCGCGAGUCCGUGGGGCGGUUGUGCUGUCGUCGUGGAGGCGCAGAAGCCCGGAGGCUGACCGAAGCGGUGAGUGGAUGUAAAUAGAUGCCCUCGAUGGGAUGCGCUCCCCUCCCAGUGCGGCGGUGGUGAUGGAGCUGGAGAGAGAGAGGGAGCCUGGAUGCUGAACAUGUAUCGCUUCGUUCGUCGACAGCUGUAUCUAUUGCGAUAUUGGCAACUCCACCUAGAUUGGAAAUCCAACCGGGCGUCGCGGGAGAUGUGAAGAUGAUCUAACGCAGUCUCAGCUCUAUCACAGCAGUGUGUUUCCUGUCAGCCAUGAUGUCGGUGCAAACCCCUCCGCUCUCCCGCUCGGGCUCCUCACCUUCGAACGUGGGCUUGGCCAAUCGCAACGGCCCCUCCUCCACCCCACCCACCUCCCUCAGCCUCCGUUCAUCAUACAACCAGCUGCUUGGGCGUGAUGUCAUCAAGGAGUCCUUGGAAACGGGAAGUUCGGCCACGUUGCCAAAGAGCCGUCAGAGGUACACAAUGACCAGUGUGCGCAGCGCCGUGGGGAUAAGUGACAAUUUGACGCUGUCCUCUAAAAACCAACCUGGGACCCGAGGGAGAGGCCUCCCGACCAAGUCCUCCUCCAGUUCAGCCCUCUACUCCUCAUCCUCCUCCUCCUCGCUCUUUAAUGCAACCAACCCCAAACUGGCCAAGAACGGAGCCAACCUGCAGAGACGAGCUGAGAGCCAGCAGCUGGAACUCAGCAGGGCCAAUACAGAGGGCAAAAUACACAAUGAUCUCAUCAACAACCCAACUUCUGACUGGCAGGAAUUUGAGAAAGACAACUCACAGCAGCCUCUGUUCCGCAGACGGACCAAGAGCUUCUUGGAGUACCAUGGGAAGGGGAAGGGCUGGGAUCUCGACUUCAACUGGGGGAUCAAAGAGGACAAGGAGGAGAAGAAGCAGCAGUCUUCCCCAGAGAAGGAGCAGGCAAGCCCCGUCAAGCAGAGGGAGAGCCAGAAGGGGGAGAAGCCCAGCGGCAAGCAGACCUGCCAGGAAGAGAGGGAAGAGGUCGAGCCAGUGGUGGUGGAGGAGGAGGAGGACGAGGAGGAGGAGGAAGAUCCCCCCACACCUACCCCAAGACAGCCCCUGCUACCAGUGGUGGUGGAAGCCCCGCUUUCCUCCACCUCCUCCUCUUCCACCAGCAGCCCAGAGUGGGCCUCAGCAAACCACCCCCACCUCCAUAGCCAGGCUCCAGCGCAGGUCAGAGAGGAGCUCUGUGGCCCGGUUCAGGCGAGUGCACGCAGCCCUGCAAAGCCCCCUCGCAGCGCCCAGCCCCGCGUGAUCAAGGUGGAGCUGCACCCUAACAAUGAGAACCAGUUCCUGCAACAGUACCCACCUUCCUCCCCUAAACAAGUCCGAGCGGCGGAGAGGAGCACCCCUACCAGGAGCCGAGCGACGCCUCCACUGCCAGAACCUGAGCCAGAGACCGGGCUCCCCAGAGUGGGUUUGAGAAUGGACCUGACCCCUGACACUCCAUCAGAGGAUGAAGACUCCAGCUGGACCACUCUGUCCCAGGAGACGCCGUCCCCUCAGACUCCAAAAGAGACAGCAGAUGUAUGGAGCGAAGGGGACCUGCCCCCAGGCUGGCGGGAGAUCUCGGACUCAUCAGAGAUUUAUUUCUGGCACGUCCCCACCGGCACCACGCAGUACCACCGACCUGUUGCCUCCGGCAACCAACACACCUCUCCCAACAAUGAGCCCGACACUGAGCGUGACCCACAACAGGAAGCGCACCACUCCCUCAAGCCGCCCAACGAGCGCCCCAGCAGUCUGAUAUCUGACAGCUCGGUGGAGCCUGUCCCCUCCCCCUCCCCUUCCGGCUCCUGCCCCUCCUCCUCCUCCUCCACACCCUCAAAUGAUGUCACCUCUUCUGGACCAAGUCUCAACACUGCCACCUGCACAGCCAACGAGCUGAAGGACUACCCAGUCUAUCCAGAUCCCAGUCUGAAGGCAUUUGAGGGGGCCACCCUCCGCUAUGCCUCACUUAAACUCAACCCUCCAGCCCAAUUAGAGACUGUGGACCUAGACAAUACUUUCCCGAAUCCAGAGGCAAUGUCGUUUCCAGUGCGAUCUCUUGGCUGGGUGGAGAUGGCAGAGCACGACCUGUGUGAGGGGAGAAGCAGUUUGGCUGUCCACCACUGCAUCCGACAGCUGUCCUACUGCAGGAGGGACAUACGAGACUCAGCUGGGGUCUGGGGAGAGGGCAAAGGGAUGCUGCUGGUGCUUCAAGACCGCACGUUGACCCUGGUGGACCCCGAUGAUCACAGCCUGCUUCACUCUCAGCCAAUCAGCAGCAUCCGUGUCUGGGGGGUGGGCCGAGACCACGACAGAGAAAGGGACUUUGCCUACGUGGCGAGAGACAAGAACACGCGGGUGCUGAAGUGCCACGUGUUCAGAUGUGAUACUCCUGCCGCAGCCAUCGCCACAAGUCUCCACGAAAUCUGCUCCAAGAUUAUGGCUGAAAGGAAAAGUGCCAAGGCUGCAGCUGGCAGCUCCUCCCAGACCAGCUCUGAUGUACCCCUACAAGAGUUUCCCAUGCCAAAGACUGAGUUGGUGCAGAAGUUUCAUGUUCUGUAUCUGGGUAUGACAACUGUGUCUCGACCAAUAGACCGGUGUGUUUUGUUCCCAGGUAUGGACAUCAUCAACGGGGCCAUCGAGAGCCUCCUGUCCACCACCGGGAAAGAGGACUGGACUCCUGUCAUCCUGAGUAUUGCUGACACCACGGUGGCUGUGAUCAAAGAAAAGGAAGAGGACGAGGAGGCGCUGGUGGAGUGUCGCGUCCGUUUCUUGUCCUUCAUGGGCGUGGGGCGGGAUGUGCACACAUUCGCCUUCAUCAUGGACACGGGGAGCCAGCACUUCCAGUGUCACGCGUUCUGGUGCGACCCCAACGCUGGCUUGGUGUCUGAGGCUGUGCAGGCAGCAUGUGUGCUGCGGUAUCAGAAGUGUCUGGUGGCACGGCCGCCCUCCCAACGUGCCGGUUCCUCCUCCUCGCCCUCUGCAGAUUCUGUGACCCGGCGGGUGACGACCAGCGUGAAACGGGGCGUCCAGUCUCUCAUAGACACUCUGAAAACCAAGAAACAGCCGUCAGAACUCCCCUAGCGAUGACCGUCACCGGUGACCACAGCACCACCCAGCCGACGCCUGGAUGCCACUCACACUUUCGCCACGACAACACCUAAUCAGUACCAGCCAUGGUACUCAAUGAUGUACAUAUAUGUUAACAAACAACACCGCAGAUGAAGGGCAGAUGAGGAAUCCACAAGAAUGCCUGAUGUUUAAAAUAACAACAAGAAAAACUGAACUGUUUCAUGAGGAGGAAUGGAAAAGCUGCACGGUGUUUGCUGCUGUCACUUGGUGUCACUGGUUUAACUUUGACCUUUGAACGGUACUGUGCCCAAGUGAAAAUCAUCUGCUAACUCAACUGGCCCUUACUGUAUGUGGAUUCCGGGGCUAAAUGGAUUACACGAUCAAGCACUGUACAGACAGGAUACAGGAUUACCCAGAAAAAAAAGAUCAAAUUUCUAUCUACAGACUGGUUUGAGUUGGUUGAGUCAAGUUUUCUUUCAUGCCCUGCCCCCUUCUGUAAAAUAUAUUAAUCAGCACACUGACAGCUCCUGGGCUAGAUGGAGGAGAUGCUAAGCUAUGGGAGCUUUCAGGGAACAAAAAAAGUGUCAUCUUGGUGUCAAGGAAAUCUGACAUGUGAAUGAGAAAGCUGAGAAAAGCCAAGAAAACCAAGACCAGUCAACCUGGCCUGUCAACGGCCUCCAGCUGCCCACCAAACGGCAUCAAAAUAUUUUGAUCCUUAAGAUGUGUGACAAGGUUGAAACAGACAAAAAAAAAAAACAACAACAUCUGAGGAUGAAUGAAGUGAUUGUAAUAAUGAGAUGUAUGUAAAUGAUUGUAUGUAGGACGUGAGAAAUUCAGGGCUCAAAUCGUGUAGACAUGAGGGAGAGAUGUGCAGUUGGUGACAGAAAAUGUGAUAGAUGUGGGUUUUGAUUUUGCAUGUUUUCUAGAUGGGAUAUGUUUUAUGAUAAUGAGUUAACAAAGGGUACAGUAAGAGUGGUGAACACACAAGAAACAGAUGCUCUGAGCACAAGUCAUCUCCACUUGACCACAACUGGAUUUACACUGGCACAAAGAAAACAGAAAUCAGGCCUAUUUCUGACUCUAGUCUCUGCCCCAUUUACAGAAAUAAAAUUAGGAAUUGUCAUUUGAUAAUCUUUAUUUUUGCCAUCCCUUAAUGAAUGGCUCAUCCAGCAAAGGAACGGCGAACGUUAAAAUGUAUUUUUGAAGCAUCAAAUUAGCUAUGAUUGUCAGUUUUUGCAUACAAGAGGAGAAUUGAGUUUAAAGGCUCCAGGAUGGCACAUCGCUUAUGUUCAAACUUUACAAUAUCCUCAGGAAUUUUUAGGCAUAUCCGCAAGAUAUAUGUAGUAGCAAGAAAUUCCAGAUCCAGGUUUUGACUUGAUGAUGUGAUGUGCUCGUGGCUAUAUGAACAGUGGUACAAAAUAGUGUUUGCCCUGCUUGGAUCGCAUAGAAAAGAUGAAAUCUGUGCCAUACAGUAAGGUAGAUCCAGUCAGUCUGCUCCCAUUCACAAACAAAUAUACACCCACAAUUACGCACAUUCAGCAGGGGGAAGGAAGUCUGCUGUCACUGCUAUCAAAACUUUUACACUGCUCCUAUGGCUCGGAGCCACCACCUGCACUCCACAUGAACUCUGAGAAUGCAGUCUUAUCUAAACAAAACACACACACACACACACACACACACAACAA